AUGACGUCUUCUGCUGUUUUGUCACUAAAUUCUUUCUUUAAUUUCUCUCAUGCAAUUUGUCGUGGCAUUCCUAACAGUUUAAAGGAGGAAGCACUUCGCAUGGAAGACAACGAUCCAGUCAACUUGGAGAUCGCAAGGAAGAAUUUUGAAAUUUAUAAAUACACCCUUGAAUCAUGUGGGGUUGAAGUGAUAUCUUUAGAAGCUGAUGAAUCUUACCCCGACUGUGUUUUUGUUGAAGACACUUGCGUUGUUAUUGGAAAUGUAGCUUUCAUUACGCGGCCAGGACACCCAAACCGAAGGGAUGAGGUAAACUCAAUAAGGGAAAUUUUGAAAAUUAAAUUUAAUAUGACAAUUAAAGAAGUGGAGGAUUCUGAAGCAAUAAUUGAUGGAGGUGAUGUUCUAUUUACAGAUUUCCAAUGUGCUGAUGUUGUCUUUCUCUAUUUUAUUUUUAUUUUUUCUCCCCCUUGUUCUCUUUCCUUUUGUUUUUUCUCUUUCUCUUUUUCUCUCCCCCCUUUUACCUUUUUCUUUCUUUCUUUCUUUUUUCUCUUUCCUCCUUUAAUUGUUUUCUAUUAUUUUCUCUCUUACUAUUUUUUUUCUCUUAACUUUUUAUCUAUUGUAGAUUUAAUAACUUUAAAGAAGCAGGAAAAAGUUUUUGUUUUCCUGCUUCUUAAAAGUUAUUAA